AUGUCACUUACAAUACGGAGUACACUACUAAAACAGUCACGCGCCAUCAGUUGCACAGUACUUCCCAUCAUACAACAAAGAACCUAUGCAUCUUCUAUAUUCAAGGGGGCAAGAAACUACUUUUUGGGAUUAGGAAGAAGUCCGCGAAGUGAAGAAGAAUAUGGGGAUAAUCCUGUUGAUGAACUGAUUCCUUUUGUCAAAUAUCCAUUGUUUACUCAUGAACAACUCAAGAAAAUAGCUACCGAUAAAUUCAAACUAGAAGUCGGACAUGCUUCCUUUGGUUAUCAUUCAGAUUCAAUAGUCCCCUCAAUCAAUUCAUUGAGUGAUUUAACUGAUCCUACUCAGUUGAAUAGUUUGCUUCCACGAAGAAGACCAAAAGGAUCACCUAGCGAUACUUUAAGUAUUAAAGCUGGAGAUGAUACUAUGCUUGUUUCUCCUAGUGUCAUUGCUGUUGCCGAUGGUGUAAGUGGUUGGGAAGAAAAUGGAAAGGAUGCAUCAAGUGGAGUUUGGUCAAGAUCAAUGGUGGAAACUUUCAGUAGAUUAUUGACAGAGUACAAAAUCAAAAUAUUUCCUCGUCAUUUACAAAGACGUGACAUUGAAGAAAUUUUAGAUGAUUCUUAUUUGCAUACUUCACAUUUAAUGGAUUUACAGAAAUUGACUGGGUCAUCGACAUUGGUACUUGGUAUGUUGAAUGGUGAUUUAUUGUCCAUGGUUAGUAUUGGAGAUUCGAAAGUUUACAUUAUUAGAGAUGGUGAACUUAUCGAAACAAACCACGAACAAAUGAUUUCUGAAAUGUGUCCUGAACAAAUUGGUACUCAUACUUUAGAUCACUUACCUUCAGAUAUUGCCUGGAUCCAAUCAUUCAAAUUGCAGGAGAAUGAUUACAUAGUCAUGUGCUCUGAUGGUAUAUCUGAUAACUUGUAUGAAUGGGAAAUUAUCAAUUACUUGAAGGAAUGGGUUGGUGUGAAGAAAUUCAACGUAAAGAAUAUUGCUAGUAAAUUGUUGGUUAAGGCUAAAGAGGUUGCUUUUGAUGAUUAUGCUUACACACCUUAUAAUGAAAAAGUAAAUGCCUUGAAAGAACCUCAUCAACACAGUCAAGGUGGUAAAGUUGACGAUAUGUCGAUAAUCGUUGCUAAAGUUGUUUUAAAUAAUAAGAGUUCAAAAGAAUAG